CGGCGUGAGCCGGACGCUGCGGGGGGUGGGCAAGAGGCAAGCCGGGGGUGGAACGGAGGAUCGGGCGGCGGGGCUGCCCGGUGUCUUGUAGCCGGCAUGGAGGUGUGCGAGAGCGGCGGGGAGCAGCCGCCGCUGCUGCACUGGGACCGCAAGCUGAGCGAGCUGUGCGAGCCCGCCGACCCCGACACCCUGCUGUGCCACACGGUUGAGAGAGGAGGACAAGAGUGCCCAGGAUGUUUGGGAAGGCACUUCACAGAGUUCCUGGAUGAGUUUUCACCAGAUGUUCUAGGCCAGCUCUUGAAUGAUCCCUUCUUGUCUGAGAAGAAUGAAAUAAUGGAGGUGGAACUGUCUCCAGCAUCUCCAGCGCCCCUCAUCCAGGCAGAACACAGCUAUUCCCUCUGCGGGGACUCUCGACCCCAGUCUCCCUUGACCCACAUCUCAACAGAUGACAACUUUCAUGAAGGUGAUCUGGAAAAUGAGGAAUGGUGUCUGGGUACUGAGCUGACUGCAGCAUCAAUAAAGACUGAGCCAGCAUUGUGUGAGACAUCAGGCCUUGCUCCCUCAGUGAGUCUCACUGUCACGGCCACAUCACUGGAAGGAGAACAACCUGAGCUACAGACGGAUACCCUGAUGAAACCACUGAGCCAGAAAGUUAUUCCAGAGAUUAAAUUGGAGCCCCAUGAAGUGGAUCAGUUCCUGAACCUCUCUUCUAAGGAAGCAGUGGAUCCCCUGCAUUUGCCUCCAACCCCUCCCAGCAGCCAUGGCAGUGACUCUGAAGGAGGGCAGAGCCCGGCUAGAUCACUCCCUCCUUCAAGCCCAAUCCAGCUACAGGCCACAGCCAAAGUGACAUCACGCACAGCUUCAGCACUCUCCAAUUCCCCUCUCCUGACUGCACCACAUAAAUUACAGGGGACUGGCCCCCUCAUCCUGACAGAGGAGGAGAAGAGAACGCUGAUAGCAGAGGGGUACCCAAUCCCUACUAAACUGCCCCUAACAAAAGCAGAGGAGAAAGUGCUGAAGAAAAUACGCAGGAAAAUAAAGAACAAGAUCUCUGCACAGGAAAGUAGAAGAAAAAAGAAAGAAUACAUGGACAGUCUGGAAAAAAAAGUUGAGACAUGUUCAAAUGAGAACAGUGAGCUGCGUAAGAAGGUUGAAGUCCUGGAGAAUACUAACAGAACACUUCUGCAGCAGUUGCAGAGACUCCAAGCAAUGGUUGCUGGGAAAGUGUCCCGUUCAUGUAAGGCAGCUAGCACACAGACGGGGACCUGUCUUAUGAUGGUGGUGCUGUGCUUUGCAGUAGUUUUUGGCAGCUUCUCUCAGAGCUAUGGGCCAUAUCCUUCUGCUACAAAGAUGGUGUUGCCCAGGCAGCAUUCCUCACCAGAGUCCUACACAGACUCCAUUGUGAGGUCAAGAAGUCUGCUAAUUUAUGAAGAGCCUCACCAACUGGAGGAGUCAUCAAGCCCCAUCUCCAUUGCGGAUCGUGAUGACAGGCAAGCAGACACCUCCAAGUACCCAAAGCUGUCCCUGGAAGCGGUGCCAGGGACACAGCAGGAUGAUAUCAUGCAAUUCACAAUAGCCAACGAGACGAGGCUAGAGAAAUCGGUGCUGCUGGGCCUGCAGCAGCACAGAGUCAACUCCGAACUAGAAGGAAAUGAAACACUGAAGAUAAUUGAAAUAGAUAGAAGAGUCAAUGCCACCUCUUAAAAAUAAAAAAACGCCUUUUUUUUCUUGA